GACCAGGACCAAGAAGGACCAACCCUGGGUAUAUAACAGGACUGGCAAUAGGCCUAGGAGGAGAGAAGUUGGAGCCUACGCCUGACAGUGUAGCUCUGAAUAAACAGUUGUGGACCCGCAGACAAACUGGUGUUGUUCAUGCAAGGACAUCCACUAGGGAGACAGCACAACCAUCUAUUAUGUCUGAGAAGAUUGAGGCCGUCGUGAAGAACAGUACUCGGCUUGGGGAGGGACCCCACUGGGACGAUACCACACAGUGUCUGUACUACGUGGACCUUUUCGUUGGUGACGUCCACAGAUACAACGCCGUCACAGGUGACGACAGCCGACUGAACCUUGGAGAUACAAUAGCGAGCAUCAUCAUCCCGCGCCAGAAGGGCGGCUUCGUGGUGAGCAAGAGGACAGACCUCGCCAUCUUGGACUCUUGGGACAGGGACAAGGUCACCAGCAUUGCAAAUAGGGUCGAGGCCGACGCUAAUAUGAUCAAUGACGGGAAAGUGGAUGCUUCCGGGAGACUUUGGUUCGGGUCUUGUUUCUGUGGAAAGGAUAUCCCUGAUCCUGAUAAUUGGCCAAAGCAUCAGGGCUCAUUGUACAGCCUGGAUCCUGAUGGGAGCGUCAAAAAACACAUCAGUAACAUUACCAUCAGCAACGGCAUGGACUGGAAUGACGACAACAGCGUCAUGUACUACAUUGACUCCAUAGCCAGGCAGGUCUGGGCCUUCGACUUUGACAUCACAGCUGGGACUGUAAGCAAUCAGAGAACUGUAGCAGACUUCAGCUCUACUGAAAUCCCAGAUAUGGGGUAUCCUGAUGGUAUGACCAUUGAUACAGAGGGGAAAUUAUGGGUGGCCUGUUUUGACGCUGGGAAAGUUGUCCGGAUCGAUCCCGAGACUGGAACAGUGAUCCGAACUGUCAAGUUCCCAUGCGAAAAGAUAACAUCGUGCUGUUUUGGAGGGGAGGACUUCACCGACCUGUACGUCACAUCAGCUGCCCCGGCACAACUGGGGAAAACACCACUGGCUGGGUCAAUCUUCAAGGUCACGGGGCUAGGAGUCCGAGGUCGCAAAGCUAACAUGUUCGCUGGAUAAGCGGUUCUCCGUUCAAUGUGUUUUAAGAAAAAAGCUCGCCCAUUACUUGUAAAUCUAAUUUCGAUGCAAAUACUUGUAAAUCUAAGUUUUUUUAAGUUCAGUGUUUAACCGGGCUGCAUUUAGGUUUGGAAAACAGGGAUUGUUUUAUAUACAACUUAGUUUUCGGACGUUUUAGUUGGUCCUUCGACGAAAUAUGAACAAUAAAUAUUUUGAAAACAGA